CUUCGUGUGUUUUUAGUGUGGUGUCGGCUCUCAGACGAGUAAUGCGGAACUUCUCGGCAUGUCUGUUGUUGUGGCUUCCUUCUUUCUCACUGAAAGUUUUAGCUGAGACAGAAAACGCGUUUCGGGGGUUGACUGACAGCUUUACGUCCGUGUUGUGAAGGUGAAGCGCAAAAGAAAGAAACCUUAAUUCGGGAUGAACGCUUCAGACCGCGAGAGGUGACACCAAAACAGUAUGAAGAUUUUAACAAUUAACUUAUGACAGCACUUUGAGCCGAUGUGAAUAGGUCACUUUUAUGACGCGUUUUUGUCCUUUACCUUGCGCGUGAGGCUUAACCUUAACUUAAUUAAGAUGAAGUUUAACGGUUACCUGAAGCUGCGGAUAGGUGAGGCGUUGGACCUGAAACCGACCACUUUCUCCCUCCGCCACUCUCUCAUCUUUAACAAAGCCGCUCCAGGUCUGGACCCCUACAUCAUAGUGAAGGUGGACGACUUUAAAAUCGGACAGACUCACACCAAACAGAAAACCAACACGCCGACGUACAACGAGGAGUUUUGCCUGAACGUGAAGAACGGGAAACAGAUCGAGUUGGCAGUCUUUCACGACACGCCGAUCGGAUAUGAUGACUUUGUUGCCAACUGCAUCAUCCAGUUUGAGGAGCUCAUCAAAACCUCCAACACAGGAGAUACUUUCGAGGGAUGGAUGGAUUUGGAGCCAGAGGGCAAAGUUUACAUCCAUGUUACACUCAAUGGAUCCUUCAUUGAUGACGACGCCAUCAUCCAAGAGAAAACAUACAAGCAGUUUACAAGAAAGCGGCAGGGGGCCGUGAGACGGAGGAUCCACCAGGUCAAUGGACACAAGUUCAUGUCCACCUUCCUCCGUCAGCCCACCUUCUGUUUCCACUGCAAAGAGUUCAUCUGGGGUGUUUUUGGAAAGCAGGGUUACCAGUGCCAAGUGUGUACCUGUGUGGUUCAUAAACGAUGCCACCAGCACGUCGUCACAGUGUGUCCACUCAUGAAGAAGCCAGCUAAAGAACAGCCCAUUAACCAGGGUUUCAGCAUCAAUGUCCCUCACAAGUUCAACCACCACAACUACAAGUCGCCCACCUUCUGUGACCACUGCGGCUCUCUGCUGUGGGGAAUAGUCCGGCAGGGGCUGCACUGUAAAAGCUGUAAGAUGAAUGUUCACAUCCGCUGUAAAGGCAACGUCGCGCCCAACUGUGGGGUCAACAGUGUGGAGCUGGCCAAUAAGCUUGCAGAGAUCGGUCUGCAGGCUGGAGGACUCUCUAAACGCAACUCAGUGGCUAAAAGUGCAGGUCAGAUGAGAGAGCCGUGCCCUGAAGGAAGCGAGAGUAGGGAGUGUCAGCCGCAGACCCCCCGACUUGGCCUCUCAGACUUCACGUUCCUUCAAGUCCUUGGCAAGGGCAGUUUUGGCAAGGUGAUGUUGGCGAGACUCAACAAUAACGAACGAGUGUUUGCAGUAAAGGUGUUAAAGAAGGACAUCAUUUUACAGGAUGAUGAUGUUGAGUGUACCAUGACAGAGAAGAGGGUUCUGUCAUUGGCCUGCUGUCACCCCUACCUCACACAGUUGUACUGCUGCUUCCAGACCCCGGACCGGCUCUUCUUUGUGAUGGAGUUUGUGAAUGGGGGUGAUCUGAUGUUCCACAUCCAGAAGUCAAGGAAGUUUGAAGAGCCAAGAGCGCGUUUCUACACGGCAGAGAUUACCUCCGCUCUCAUGUUCCUGCACAGCAAAGGCAUCAUCUACAGGGACCUGAAGUUGGACAACGUUCUUCUCGACAAAGACGGUCACUGUAAGCUGGCAGACUUUGGCAUGUGCAAAGAGGGCAUAUUUGAAGGUGUGGCCACAGGAACUUUCUGUGGGACCCCUGAUUACAUCGCCCCAGAGAUCCUGCAGGAGAUGCUGUAUGGGCCCUCUGUUGAUUGGUGGGCCCUCGGGGUGCUGCUGUAUGAGAUGCUGUUGGGACACGCCCCCUUUGAGGCUGAAAAUGAAGAUGACCUCUUUGAGUCUAUCCUCAAUGAAGAGAUUGUUUACUCCUCUUGGCUCAGUAAAGAGGCUGUGAAUAUACUCAAAGCUUUCUUGACCAAAAAUCCGGCCAGGCGUCUCGGCUGUGUGGCCUCAGAGGGCGGAGAGAGCGCAGUGACCAGCCACGCCUUCUUCACUGGCAUCGAUUGGGAGAAGCUGAAUAGUAGAGAAGUAGAGCCACCUUUCAAGCCCAGAAUCAAAACACCAGAGGACGUCAACAAUUUUGACCCAGAUUUCACUCAGGAAGAGCCCACCCUCACACCUAUCGAUGACCCCCUGAUCCCCUCGAUCAACCAGGAGGAGUUUCGUAACUUCUCCUUCACUUCGCCUGAACUACUGGAGAACUAGAUUUCUCCUCAUUGAUCCACCAGUUGUCCCUUUUUCUCCUCGCACGUACAGUCUGACGCUGUCACAUUCCCCAGAGACAUGAGGCUUCAUAGUGCCCAAGGAGUCAGCCCAACACAUGCUUGACAAGAACAGGGGCUGCAUUAUGUUUUCACUAUGUUGCAACUCGAUAUUCGACCAUUCAGACCUGUUUUCUUUUUUGACAAGUUGAUGUGAAACGUGUGCUAGAAGGGUGUACAAUUUCAUGUUUGUUUGUUUUUUUUUUACAUUUAAUCUGAUUCAGCCCGAUGGGUUUGCUUCCAGGUAGUACUUCAAAUAAAAAAAAAAGCUAUUUUUUGGAGUGUAA